AUUAUUCCAUUAACGCUUCGCGGGUCGCGGGGAGGUUUGUCCCUGUGCAUUUUCCGUAGUUGUAGCAGAAACAUGGCGUCGGACAGUGACAGCGACGAGGACUUCGUGACUUUCGGGACUCCGCUGGAGCCUCUGGAGGAAGACGAGCCGACGAAGAAGCCCGUCCCGCUCCACGAGCAGACGGUGAAAGAUGAGAAGGGACGAUACCAAAGGUUCCACGGAGCGUUCACCGGAGGAUUUUCAGCCGGUUACUACAACACGGUUGGCUCAAAAGAAGGCUGGACCCCGUCAACCUUUGUGUCGUCACGGCAACAGAAAGUUGAGAAACAACAUGUCAGGCCCGAGGACUUCAUGGACGAGGAGGACUUCAGCGAACACGGCAUCGCUCCUGCUCAGAUCACCACCAGUCAGGAGUUCUCGUCCAGCCACAGAGACAAGGCCAGAGAGAAGGCGAGAGCCGUCAACGCUCAGGCGGCGCUGAUCCCUGGAGACACUCUGCUGGAGGAGCUGAUCGCACCGGCCAGGUUGUCCAUCGGGGUGGAGCUGCUGAGGAAGAUGGGAUGGAAGGAGGGUCAGGGGGUGGGGCCUCGUGUGAAGAGGAAAGCUCGUCGACAGCAGACGGAAGGUGAAGCCAGGUCUUACGGCUGUGUGCUGCCCCCUGCUGGCUCAGAGGACUCAGAGGAGGACGAGGACGACUUUGCUCCAGAGAACGUGACCUUUGCCCCAAAGGACGUGACUCCUGUGGACUUCACCCCCCGGCUCGGAGUUCAGGGUCUGGGGUACCGUGGUCUGGACCCGGGUCUGGCACUGCUGGGCCGCGGUGCCCCUGAACACAUCAACCUGUUCAAACCUCAUUCUGAGACCAGGAGUCAACUGUUCGGAGACGCACAGCGGGGCUCCCGCAGAGGAGGAGUGGCUGGACAGGCGUUUGGUGUUGGGGCCCUGGAGGAUGAUGAUGAAGACGUGUACCACAGAGACUCCAUGUCCCGGUACGACACGGUGCUGGGAGGAGAGGAGCCUGGAGACGGACUGUACGGCUGGACGGCUCCACAGCAGUACACCAAGAAAAGAGAUAAAAACAAAGAUGCGUCAUAUCUUGGAAAAAUCCUGGAGGGAUUCACUUUGGCUCAAAAACCUCAUGAGGAGAAAACGAUCUUCCCUCCCCCCACUCUGCCCCGUGACUACAGACCCGUCCAUCGCUUCCAUCCGUCCGUCCACGUCACUCGUCUCUCUGGGGUCAGUCCUGCGCUGGCCGAGGCUUUGAGGACCUCCAGGGGCCACAUGGUUAAAGAGGAGCCCCAACAAGCAGGACGGCACCAGAUGGACUCCAGCCAGAGGGGGGCGCUGCUGGGAGAGGAUGCCCUGCAAGGUCCCAGUUCAGUGAUGGAGCUGCUGAGGCCUGAAGACAGAGAGCGACUCCUCAACCUCCGCAACUCCUCCAACACGCCCUCCGCCAAUGCUACCGCCAACGACUCCCGUCGUGCCGUCAGCUCAGGUGGGUUGAUGGUGGGGUCAUUGGCGGGGCUUUCAGCUCAGAGCAGCGCAGCCUCCUCCUCCUCCUCCCCCGGCCUCCAGCAGCAGCAGGAGGCUCUGGCGUCGUGGCGAGGUGUCCAGUCGUCGUCACAGACCUUCAGACCGUUUGACAACAAUCCCAGCAAACAGGCACGUUACGAGCUGUACCUGAACUGCCUCAGACAGGGAGACAAAGACGCUCUGGAGCAGAGUAUGGACUCGGGUAUGACAGAGUGGGAGCGCAGCAGGGAGAGGGAGGAGUUUGUCCGAUCCUCCAUCUUGUACAGACCCAUGUCCUCGUCGCUCUCGUCCCGCUUCGCCAGAGCCAAAGACGAGGAGAACGACGACACGGUGGAGGUCAGCCGGGACGAGGAGGGCGACGUGGACGACAAACAAGCUGCUGUCAAGAUGAAGAUGUUUGGAAAACUGACCAGGGAAACGUUUGAGUGGCACCCGGACAAGCUGCUCUGCAAGAGGUUCAACGUCCCCGACCCGUACCCCGGGUCUGGCAUGUCGGGUCUGCCGAAGGUCAAGAGAGACAAGUUUUCUGUCUUCAACUUCCUGACUGUGACGGAGAGCAGAGAGACCACAGCUCCUCCAAAGUCUCCAGAGACGAAGAAGAAGUCGAGGUGGGAUGUUUCAAACCAGAAGAAGAAGAAGAAGGAGGAAGAAGAAAAGAAUGAGCCCCAAAACCAACCAGAGACCAAACCUGUUCAAACCUCAGCACCUGCUUUACCUGCCUGCGGCCACAGCAACGACCAGACUGAAGACGCCACUGAGUCGGAGGAUCAGCAGAGCUCAGACAAGAAGAAGGAAGGUGAUGAAGAGGAGGAAGAGGAGGAGAGCAGACCUCCUAUGGAUCUGUUUAAGGCCAUCUUCGCCAGCUCGUCUGAUGAGAAGUCAUCGUCAUCGGAGGGAGAGAGUGAUGAGGAGGAGGACACGAAAGGGGAAGAGGGAAAAAUCAACACACAGCCUCUGAACCUCUUUAACAUCUCAAAUGUCAAGUCCUCCAUCACGUCCUCCUCCACCUCUGUUACCUCUGCCACCACCUCCAGCAGCCAGACAGCCGUGGUUUUGAGUCAGAGCUCGUCACAGGAGGAGUUUGGCCCGAAGCUGCCGCCUCCAUCAGCUGCUCUCAUCAGAGGAGGCGCCACCUCGAUCCGCUCCCUCAAAGAAGAAGAGAAACCUCGGAGGACGAACAAAGAGAAGAAACACAAGAACAAGAAGCAGCACAAAGACAAGAAGAAGAAGAAACACAAGAAGCACAAACACAAAGCGAAGCAGCAGAAGAAGAGUAAGAAGAAGGAGGAGUCGGACAGCAGCGACGACAACAGAGAAGAGGACAGUGACGGACAGGUGUCGACAGAGGAGCUGCUGAAAAGACUGAAGUCACAUCAGACGAGGUGAAGCAGAACGUUUGUCCUCUGUGAGGACGACCAGCUCCUGUCUCCUUCUGCACUCGCUUCAUUUUAUUCCUAUUUGAAAUAAUAAAAUGUAACUUUUUCUGCCGAUACAUUUUGUCUUCGCUCUU